AUGAAGAAAACAAUUUGCUCUUUUCUAAUAGCCACUCUGCAUUUAGUAACUUGGGUUUCUGCAGCAAGUAGACCUUUUGCUCCGUAUGAUGGUGGGCAAGACCCAGAACAAAUCUUGCUGUCUCCCCAAGUUGCCUUUGACACAAGACAGGGACUUGUGAGCAUGGAAGAGGAAACUUAUGAAGGGCUGAGCAGAGUUGGGUCAAAACCACCAAACUGUGAGCACAAAUGUGGAGGUUGCAGACCGUGUAUUGCCAUUCAAGUACCCACCAUCAGAACCAAUGACAAUUUGAGUGCCAAGUAUUCAAAUUAUGAGCCUGAAGGUUGGAAGUGCAAUUGUGGCACAUCUUUCUCCAACCCAUGA